UCUAAUCAAACAAUCAAAAUUGUUUACUUUCACCGGGAAUAUUUAGUGAGAUCAAAGACACUCUGGCUGAAACUGCUCUUGUUUUACUGCCGACAGUUAGCCCUUGAUUUUUUUGCACCGGUGCCAAGUGCAGGCAGGUGACGAUCCUGUAGCACUUUAUAAAUUGUGCUGGAGGGAAUUGCUAAAAAGGAAGGAAUUGAAGGCAUUUCUACAGCAAAUAUGUCAGUGUGUGUCAUAAACGCAAGGCAUCUAUGAGUGGAGGCUCGGAUUCCCAGGCGAUCUUCCCUGCUCCAGGGGAAUCUGAAGGACCCCGAAUCAACUGAGGAUCAACACUCACAACGGCUGACAUUUAAUGAUGCCAUUUAUCAGACAGACCUUUUGAAAACUGAUAGCCUGUGAAUUUAACAGUAUAUUUUCCUGUUGAUAUGGAGCAAGGAAAGACUGGUGUUCAAGUGAACAUUUUCUCUCCAAACUCUGUGUUUGGAACAUUAAGGAUGGAUUACCCCAAAAUGGAUUAUUUUCUGGAUGUCGAGUCUGCUCACAGACUCUUGGAUGUUGAGUCGGCUCAAAGAUUCUUCUACAGUCAAGGAGCUCAAGCUCGCCGGGCGACCCUGCUCCUGCCUCCCACAUUAAUGGCGGCAUCUUCGGAGGACGAUAUCGACCGGCGGCCCAUCAGGAGAGUCCGCUCCAAGAGCGACACGCCGUACCUCGCGGAGGCCAGGAUCUCCUUCAACCUCGGGGCAGCUGAGGAAGUGGAGAGGCUGGCUGCCAUGCGUUCUGACUCCCUGGUCCCAGGGACCCACACACCCCCCAUCCGGAGGAGAAGUAAGUUUGCCAACCUGGGGAGGAUUUUCAAGCCUUGGAAAUGGAGGAAGAAGAAAAGCGAAAAGUUCAAACACACAUCAGCAGCCCUGGAAAGGAAAAUAUCAAUGAGGCAAAGCAGAGAAGAGCUGAUAAAGCGAGGGGUCCUGAAGGAAAUCUACGACAAAGAUGGGGAGCUUUCCAUAUCGAAUGAAGACGACUCCUUGGAAAACGGGCAGUCCCUGAGCUCCAGCCAGCUGUCUCUGCCUGCCCUGUCCGAAAUGGAGCCAGUCCCAAUGCCCAGGGAUCCCUGCUCGUACGAGGUGCUCCAAGCUUCAGACAUCAUGGAUGGGCCAGAUCCUGGCGCCCCUGUGAAAUUGCCUUGUCUGCCAGUGAAACUGUCGCCUCCGCUACCUCCAAAGAAAGUCAUGAUCUGUAUGCCUGUGGGGGGGCCAGACCUCUCGCUGGUAUCCUACGCAGCCGCGCAGAAGAGCGGCCAGCAGAGCGUGGCCCAGCACCACCACACCGUCCUGCCCUCGCAGAUCCAGCACCAGCUGCAGUACGGCAGCCACGGCCAGCACCUCCCCUCCAGCACCGGCUCCCUCCCCAUGCACCCCUCGGGCUGCAGGAUGAUCGACGAGCUGAACAAGACGCUGGCCAUGACCAUGCAGAGGCUGGAAAGCUCUGAGCCGCGGGUCCCCUGUUCCACUUCUUACCACAGCUCUGGUUUGCACUCGGGUGAUGGUGUCACAAAAGCAGGACCUAUGGGCCUUCCAGAAAUAAGACAAGUGCCAACUGUUGUGAUUGAAUGUGAUGACAAUAAAGAAAAUGUGCCUCAUGAAUCAGACUACGAAGACUCUUCUUGCCUGUACACAAGGGAAGAGGAGGAAGAGGAAGAGGACGAAGAUGAUGACAGCUCAUUGUAUACCAGCUCCCUGGCCAUGAAGGUCUGCAGGAAGGACUCCUUGGCCAUCAAACUCAGCAACAGGCCUUCCAAGCGAGAGCUAGAAGAAAAGAACAUCCUUCCCAGGCAGACGGAUGAAGAGCGGCUGGAGCUGAGGCAACAGAUCGGCACCAAGCUCACCAGGCGGCUGAGCCAGAGGCCAACUGCGGAGGAACUGGAACAGAGGAACAUUUUGAAACCUCGGAAUGAACAAGAGGAGCAAGAGGAGAAAAGAGAGAUCAAGAGGAGGCUAACCCGAAAGCUCAGCCAGCGGCCCACGGUGGAAGAGCUUCGGGAAAGGAAGAUCCUCAUCCGCUUCAGCGACUACGUGGAGGUGGCCGACGCUCAGGACUAUGACCGCAGGGCGGACAAGCCGUGGACCCGCCUCACCGCCGCUGACAAAGCUGCCAUCCGAAAGGAGCUCAAUGAAUUUAAAAGCACUGAAAUGGAAGUUCAUGAAUUGAGUAGACACUUAACAAGGUUUCACCGACCUUAACAGUCGAAUUCCUCUUGAGUGCUAUGCUGUCUUCAAAACAUAAAUUUAUAAGAACCAUAAGUGCUGGUAUUUAUUCACUUCCCCAUUACGAUGUAAACCUUCUGAACUGCCUUUUUUUUAAAAGAAGAAGAAGAAAAAUAUAAGGAAACACAA